AUGAGUACCAUCAGCUGGAACUGUCGUGGCUUGGGUGAUCCACGAACAGUUUGCGAAAUUGUGGACCUUGUGUCCUGUAAGAAGCCCGAAUUUUUGUUCUUGAUGGAGACUAAGGUGGCACAGCUGCAUGCAGAGCGGCUACGUGUCAAGCUUGGAUUUGAUGGUUUGUAUUACGUUGAUUCGCUAGGCCUGAGCGGGGGGCUGGCAUUGUUUUGGAGGAAAAAUUGUUCGGCAAGAUUGUUGAGUUAUUCAAGAAACCAUGUAGAUGUUGAGGUAACACAACCGGGACCUAUCUGUUGGCGUAUGACGUGUUUCUACGGUUUCCUUGAGCGUGGGCGAAGGAAGGAUUCGUGGGACUUGCUACGGUCUCUGGCCCCCAGAUCGCCACUUCCAUGGGUGGUCCUAGGAGACUUUAAUGAUCUGUUAUACCAGACCGAGAAGAGGGGUGGCAACCCACACCCAGAGAACCUGCUACAUGGGUUUGGGGAAGCUGUGGAGGAGUGCUGCUUGGCCCAGCUACCUAUGCGGGGCUAUCAAUUUACUUGGGAAAGAGGAAAGGGUACCACACACUGGAUGGAGGAGAGAUUGGACAAGGUGCUUGCCUCCGAUGAAUGGUCUGCUAUGCUGGAUUCGGCCUUUGUUGAGAAUCUUCUCACUCGAACUUCAGAUCAUUCAGCUAUUUAUUUGUGUGUAAAUCCUGUGGUUCAGUCGACUAGUAGGGCACUCAGGGGUUUCAAGUUUGAGAUGGCCUGGGUGCAUGACGAGGGUUGUAGAGGUGUGGUGGAGGCUGCAUAG